AUGCAUCAAUUAAUAAAUACCAAAAAUUUAGUGGAUUCUAUACACUAUAAUGUAGAGAAAUAUGGAACUUAUGACAAAGUAUUGAACCAAAGAGAUAAAGAAAAGGAUUAUAAUUUAAUAAAAAUACUGAGUCAGAGAUAUUUGGAGGAGUUCAAGAUUCCAGUAAAAAAUAUAGAACUUGGAACAAGUAAAAAACCUAUAUGGCUAAGAGAUAGUCACUCAGAAAAUAUUUUAGAUCCCAAAUUUAAACGUCCAAUAUAUAAUGGAUAUUCAAAAUUUAAUUAUAUGCCAAAAUUUUUAUAUGAUAACUUAAAUAAACUAAAAACUGAAACUAAAGGAUUUUCUAAGUACUUUGAAAAAGAUUCUGAAUUAGAACAAGAUACUAAAUUUGUUAAUGAGGAACAAUUUAAAUUAAAAAGAUCAAAAUUUAUAAAUGAUCAAGUUAAGCCUAAAUACAAAUUUUUAUCUCGUUAUUCCGAAAAUUUAUUGGAGCACUUAAGGUGGAAAAUAGCACUAAGAAUAUACUAUACUUUAGACCCAGGAAAAAAAGAUUAUAUAGAUUUAAAUGAAACUAAAAAAAUUUUAUGGGAUAUUUUUGAAGAAGAUACAGAAAAAGCCCAAAUAUUAUUACUACUUAUUGAAACAUUAACUUUAUGUUUCAAUAAUAAAGGAGUUUUAAAAAAAAAUGAAAUUCUACCAUAUAUUGCUGAAAAUAUACUAGAAAAUGAUGUUGGCUAUGGAUUAUUUUCAAAACUAAAGUCGAUAUUUGCUAACCAAUAUAGUAGAACAAGGAAACUUAAAAAUGAAAAAGAACUACUAGGUAAAGAAGAAUUACAAGAUAAUAAUGAGGGAGAUUUUUAUAUAUCCCCAAAUAAAAUUGGAAAAAAAGUUUUAUCUGUAAAGUCAUAUAAACAGCAAUUAGCUCCAGAUAUUUGUACUAAUCUUGGUGUUAGUAACUUUAGAAAAAGUUAUUGUCUAACAACUAAGUUAAGGAACAAUUCAAAUAUUGGAACCCUAAGCGACCAUAUUAAAAAAACACUAGAUAGAAAAAAGAAAACAAUAGAGAAUAUUAUCCAAGAAAAAGAAAAAAAAGAAAAGGAGAUCCUGGAUAGUUGUACAUUUAAACCCGAACUUAAUUGGCCUACAUAUAAUUAUGUAUUAAAACAAAUUGAGAAACAAAAGUGUUUGAAAACUCAUAGGAAUAGAAAUAUUACAUCUUCUAAAGCUAAAGUUUACAAAAUUGGAGAUUACACAGUUGUUAAUGAAGAUAGUAAUGAAUAUAUAGAUGAUUGUUUAGGUAAUGAAACUUCUAGCUUUCAAUAUAAGUCAAAUAAAUGGAAUAAUUAUGUAAAUGAUACUUCAGAGGACCAAGUAUAUGUACUCCAUAGAGGCUAUAAUUGUGAACAAAGUAAUUUAGCUGAUAAAGAAAUGGACUGGAGAAGAUCACUCCGUAGCAGUAAUUACACUAAAGAUACUUUAAGUGCAGCUUCUAAAGUUAUGCAUGAAUUUCUUAUAUUUGAAUCUAAAUCAAAUAAAUCUUUAGAUAAAAAGAAGUAUAAAUUUACAAAAUCUUUUGAAGUUAUAAACAGUAGAAAAGAUGAUCCUAGAUUAUUUAGUCCAGAAAUUAUUAUUGCAGAAGUAAGUGAGUCUGAAAAGGAAUAUCAAGGAGAAGAAAAAAUCAAUGAAGGAAAAAGUGAACCUAUUAAUAAGUCAAAAAUAAUGGAAACUUCAGUACAAAUAGAAACUAAAUCUGAUAUACAUCCUAAACAAAUAGAAACUAAAUCUAAUAUAUAUCCUAAACAAAUAGAAACUAAAUCAGAUAUACAUCCCAAACAAAUAGAAACCAAAUCUAAUAUAUAUCCUAAACAAAUAGAAACUAAAUCAGAUAUACAUCCUAAACAAAAUUUAACUAAGACUUCUCUUAUACUCAAAAAUAAACUGUUAAGUGGCUUGAGUCCUAAAGAAUUACAUUCAAAGCCUUUAACAGAAUCCAAUGAUAAAAAAUCAAAUAUAUUUCUUAUUUCAGAUGAAAGUUCUAUAUCUAAACUUUCUUUGGGGAAGAAAGAACUAGAUGAAAAAGUAGUUCCAGAUAUGAAGUUAUUACAUAAACUUCCACUAAAAAAAGAAUCCCUAAAUACUGAAUUCAAAGAACUUUUACAACUUUCUAAGACAGUAAUAGAUAUCAAUCAACUAGAAAAUAGAACAUUAUCGAAAGUAUUCCCUUUGGAACAGCUGAAGGUAACUGAACUAGAAAGUAAAUUAACAAAGAAAUCUUUAGCUAUUGAACAAAAAGAUAUAGAUAUCUUGAAGUAUCAAACAAAAAUAAAAAGUGUGGUUAAUACCAAGUUAAAAUCUAAUAAUCUCCAAGAAACAAUUAUAUUGAGAACAAAUGAUAUAGCUAGUAAAAUGUCAUCAAAAACUUCUGGUGUUUCUAAAGUUCUCAAAAAUUUUCCUAAAAAAGAAAAUGUAAAUAUUGAAGUAAACACACAUACUGAGACACAAUUAGCUUUGAAUACAAUUGUAAAGGAACCUACACCUAGCAAUUCUCUAGAAUUAAAAUUACCAUUUUCUAAAGAAUCUAAAUCUAUACAGCAGUUGGUAGAAUUAACUACUCCAACUGUUCAAAAAGAAAUAUUAUUAGAAAUAUCUACAAUUCCUAAAAAAGACAUAUUAGUAUCUUCAAAAGUAUCUUCAAUAUAUGAGAAAGACAUGAAUUCUGUAAAAACUUCUUCAAUAACUGAGGAAAAUAUAUUAUCUGCACAAAAUACUCUACUAUUGAAGAGAAAAAAUAUUCCCAGUCAAACAAUUCUAGUUCCUAAAAGUUCUAUAACUAAAUCCGAAGUUACAAAAGAAAUAAACCCGAAUUUUUCAAUACAAGAUAAGAAGGUAGGAUUUUUCAAUUCCGGUAAUGAAAUGAAAACUGUUGCUUCUAUAAAAUCUCCUAUACUUAUAAAUAAUGAUAUUCAGUUACCUUCAAAAAGCUCAGAAGUAGAUAAUUUAGGAUAUGAUAUGGAUAAUACAUUCAAAAGGCAAAAUAUUAAACAAACAUCACUCUUAAAUUCAUUGAAUUCAAAAUCGUUACAAUUGAAAGCUAAAGUACCAUCAAAAAUGCCAUCUAUAACCCAAAAUAAAGAAUUUAUAUCUAAAAGAUCAUAUCCUACUACUUGUAACUCUCUAUCAACACUAAAGAAAAUAAAUGGUCAACUAACUAAUAAGAUAAAUUUUGCAAAAGAGGUUAGCCAAGCCCCACCGCUAUUAAGAAGUGAAAAGAAGUAG